CAGCUGAGUUGAGCUGAAUCGGAGCUUCUUUUUUUCCCUCUUGAAGCUUUUUCGCUAUUGUCGUCGUCGUCCUGCGUCGCAGAGGCCCUUCCUUCCUCCUCUUCCUCCUUGUCGCCUCGAUUACCACUCUUCCUCUGUUUUUCUUGCUUUGAAUCCUCACGGUUCUCGUCCUACAGUGAGAUUAUCGUGUUGCGUUGGGGGAGCACGCUUCGCUGUAGUUCACGGUGUGGAUUUGAAGCCUAGAUUCUGUAGGGUUUGUAGGGUUUUGUGCCCGAUGGUGAGAGUUGGGGUGGUUUCGUAGAAGAGCUCGUGGUCGCGAGGUGAGUUUCGAUUCCGGGGCCCUUGAGUGUGGCCUUAGUGCCAGUAUAUUUUAAGGGGCCUACGAAGAUUUGAGAUGAGUUGGUUGGAGCCGGGUGUGUGGAGUUCGCUUUAGUCUUGAACUCUCGAGUGAAAUUAGUUGACAGCUGUGUAUCUGGCUUCAUUUGUCAGAGUUUUACAAUCUUUGAGAGUAUUUCUCGGAGGCUAUCUUUUGUUGUCUGGGUGUCAAUGAGGCGAUCAAAGUUUGACGCAUGUAUCAGAAUGUGAUACAUUGUAAUUAGACGGGAUUGCUGAUAGCUGGAGUAAGGGAUUGUUGAUGAUCUACGAAGUUGCGUGCAAUCGUUGCAGAUGGGUGACAUGAGGUUUCUCGUGUGAUUUCUAGGGAUAGAGACCAGAGAUACAUGGCCUCUCUUGGAAUACAUGCGUAGUUGCGAUUGUUGCGUGCUCCAUGAGCGUGGCUUUUUAAAUUUCAAGCUGAAGUGUGUUCACUGUCCAAUCGCUGCUCUGACGCCGAUCUCCACCACAUCAACAAGACAUACCAAUGCCAACUGCAGUACAAAUGUGAAUGCCAUCACACUUGAUACAUGUUUCGGAAGCCUUUUAGUCACCAUCGGAUUUUGAGGGAUUGAUAUUUUGUUCUUUGGGGACAAAAUAACUCUGAUAACUCUUCAAGUGCAUUUUCAUGGUUGUUAGUUGCUCAAAUAUGAGUUCGGUCCAUUUCAUCUUAUCACUACCUACAAGAAACAUCUUAGCUUCUUGUAUACUUGAUGAGGAUUUGUUGCCAGCUUAUAUGUACUGGAGAUAGCACAAUUCCUUUGCUGUAGCAAAGUCGCUGAAGCUCUGAAAAGACAAUGAAAAGUUGUUUUCAUGUGAAUACUGAUUUCGCCUAACUCAACACUACGAGGCCGAAAGCGUGGUCAAAGUUUGGAGCUAUGGGGCGCCCCGCUACGGGAUUCUGGAGAUUCGUUUCGUUACCCGUGGUGGUUGUUCUGCUUAUUAUAGGUUUUGUGUACCAUACAGUAGUUGUGCUCGUCAUUCAUCCUUGGUUAAAUAUCAAUACAGCAUCAGGGUUUGCAAAUGUAGCACUCUUGACUGUGUUGUGCACCAUGGCUUUGCUAUCGUACACAUUAGCAGUGGUUCGCGACCCGGGGUACAUUCCAUCAUCCUACCUACCUGAUUUGGAGGAAGACGGAGUUGCUCUUCAUGAAGUCAAGCGCAAGGUCCUAUCGGGUGGAGAUAGAUAUUGUCAAAAAUGCGAGCAAUACAAGCCACCUCGAGCCCACCAUUGCCGUGUUUGCAAACGAUGCGUACUUCGUAUGGAUCACCAUUGUGUAUGGAUCAAUAACUGUGUAGGCCACAACAACUAUAAGGCCUUCUUUCUCUUCGUCCUGUAUGUAGUAGGUGCAAGCUUACAAUCCAUGAUCCUGUUAGGGACUCACUUCAUUCAAACUUUAGGAGAUAAAGUUCCAGAGGGCAUGGGUGCGAAGGUGUUAAGCGAGACUGCUGCAUCUUCAGCUCUAACAAGGGCAAUCUGCGCGGUGGUUCUAGUUCCUGUAUUGAUUGCGGUGGGCGUGUUGAUGACCUGGCACUUCCUUCUACUGUUGCACAAUAAGACUACCAUUGAGUAUCACGAAGGCGUACGGGCGAAGUGGCUUGCAGAAAAGGCAGGACAGGAUUAUCGCCAUCCAUACGAUGUUGGCAUUUUCACCAAUUUAGUUACUGCUUUGGGACCGAGUGUAAGUUGCUGGUUGUGUCCAACUGCAACCGGCCAUCUAGGCCCUGGUUUACGAUUUCAAACCUUCAGCGAUGAUCUUCUUGAAAUGGAGUAGAAACGAUUGCGAAGGGACGCGGUGUACACUUUUAACCGAUAUACUGUCUGGGCAGAAUGGUGCUGUGAAUUAAUGGCAGCUGUCAUUCAUCUGGCAACCGAAGUGGACGUGGACUAUUCUGAGGUCCUUCAAGAGUGUGCUUGAUUUUUCGCACACCCUUGUACCUUAUGCGCAGAAUAGCGAUAUUGCUGUGCACAAUGGCUAUAAGUUCAUGUCAGCAUGUGCAUCAGGAAAACGGCGCAAUGUGAUCCUCCCUUUGGGCUACAGACUGUUCGUUUGUGCUUUUCAGCACAAGGAUUAGGUGUGCAGUAGAAGAAACCUCUUAAGGGGUCGAGGUGUGUGAUCAAUUAGAGUAUUUUGUGGGCAGGUUCAGAUCCGGAUUAAUUGGAUGAAUAGUAGGCCCUUGAAUCUCGACAUUCACACCUCUAUUUUUCAUAGGCUUCAUCCGCUGAAUAUCAGUGUUGUAUAUCAGAACGUGAAGAAUAUGACUAGAAAGGUCCGGCAGCCUCUUAUGAGUAGUGUUUC